AUGCCAUCAACCAGUGUGCCCGAGGCCGCCCCGCUAGCCGACUACUUCUGGAUAGCCGGCGUGGACGGAUCUGAGGUCCUGGACACCUAUCGCCGUCUCGGUGAUGACUACCGCAUCAACGGCGCUGCUUCCCCCGGUCCCGCCUUCACAGAUGCCAUUCAGGAAGAUGCCGACGCAGAAGAAGAACACAUGCCCCCCGGCACCUCGCGGCCCAGCUCCACGCUGUUUACCGGGAACAGCACCGGUCGUCGCGGGUCGUCGCAACGUCUUUCCACACUGUCCCGCGACUCCGAAGGCCACGCCAAUGGCACCGCCAGCAACCGGAGCAGUAUGACUGUCAAAGGGGGCUCGUCGCCUGCGCGCGGCUCGACUCUCUUCGACGGAGAUUUUGAUUUCGAUCAGGCGCUAGUAAAGUUUGCUUCGGAGCGAGAUACCUUCUUGACGGAUUUGAGUCUUAGUGCGGGCGCCAUUACCAAUAAUUCCCGCCCGCGAUCGCGCGUACGUACCCAGAAGAUUGUUGCGGAGGAUUCGCCAUCUCAAGGGUCGAAUCUGCUUCGUUCGGGCAUUGGAAGUGUUCGCCGUCAUAUGGCCUUUCGCGAUAUGAAUAGUAUGAAGAGACAGCCGUCAAUUGCGCGACACGCUUCGGUGCGCACCUCGCGACGACUCAGUAACUACAACUCGGUCAUCCCCGUUCCCCAACCACUCGAAAUCUCACCUACAAUGCACCCGUUGAAACGCCGCUUCGAACCCGUCCUGCUCGACCGAUACCCCACCCGAGGAAUGACCGAUGAAUUAAAGCAGCGCGGAAACUUCCCGGACUAUGUCCCCAUGUUUGCGUUCCCCAACGAUAUCAACAUUGUUUCCUCCGAUCAACGGCCGCGUUCGACUUGGCACGGGUUCGCCAUGACAACAGAGAAUGGCUCGAAGCUGCACGCUAUCUGUGUGAUAAUUUGGAUUCCGUUGAACUCGCAAGCUGCGGACGAAUUAGAAAGGCGCUGUGAGGAAUGGCGGAAGGAUAACAUGACGGACGAGGAACGGGAGCUGGCUGCGAGUCUGGGCGAGCGACUUGCACAGGAGCGGGCCAAGCUCUCUCAACUUCUGGCUCAGCUACCGAACGUGCCAUCAGGAUCCGAAUCUCGAGAACAGCUGGAGGACGAGAUCAGCGCGGUAGAGGAGAAGAUCGGACUGAUGAAUGAUCUUCUGCGACCGGUCCGUCAUGGUGCAGCCUCAAAGAUCGAGGGUCUUACGGAUGGUGACACCGGCUUUUGGAUCCCCCGCGCUUACGGCAUUCUGGGUCGCGAAGCCAACAUGACCAGCUUCUGGAAGGAGUGGUUGAAGGCGAUCGUGGUGCCUAUGACAGAAGGUGGCAUCCAGCGCGUACCGCCGAGCUCGCCUCGAAUGGGCGUGUGGCAGCCGAUAGAGCGCUAUGUCAUGAACCUUUGCACGGAGGCAUUCUGUCCCGUUUCUUCCAAAACUCAGGUUGAACUCGCAAUUCGUGAGCUGCGGCUGUUCGCCCGACAGGAGGCGUCCAAUGAGCUGCCCGGCUCCCGAAACACCGAUCUCUAUGCCUUGUUCCGCGCUCUUUCCGUGCCUAAUAUCAUUAUCCUCUUCGAGUACGCCUUGACCGAGUCGCGCAUUAUUUUCCUGUCGUCACACACCUCGAUGCUUUACCUUGCGACGAGAGCCCUGGUCGAUCUUCUGUUCCCCAUCCAGUGGACCGGUGUUUUGAUCCCCGUUCUACCCGCUCGCUUGGUUCAAGCUAUCGAGGCACCUUGCCCUUAUAUCGUGGGUAUCGAGCGUCGCUACGAGAAGGUGGAAUUGCCGACAGACGACUUCGUACUUGUGGACCUGGAUAAUGACAUGAUCGAAAGUACCUUGCAACCAACCCCUCUCCCACGACACCAGCGCCGGAAGCUCUUGUCGCUCUUGCAAAUGGCAGCUCCUCACCACAGCCGCUGUGGGGUUCCAACCGGGCCUCCAGCGUAUGCGAUUGAGACGUACCCAUGGGACACAUUCUUGUCAGAGAACAGUGCUACGUAUUCCUCCAAGGCAGCACCCACUAAUCUUGCCAAGUAUGUCGGUCUGAAUUCGAAUGCGUUCGGUUCAACCGCCGUCGUCCCCAAUUCCUACCAACCCCCGAUCUUCAACGCCUUCCUGCAUGCCCGUCAUGAGCAGGUCUCUUCCCGGCAGGAGCUUCUCCUCCUUCUCCUGAGAGAGAGCUCCCCCACUUCUGGCCAUUUCCCUCCGCCUCCGCCCACUCCUUCUUCGCGAAAUGAUUCCGGUAUGGCUCUUCAGGCUUCGCUACGCGAGAAACGAUCCGGCCACUUCGAUUCCGCAUCCCGGAGAAGCUCAUCGUUCGGUAUGACCCGCCGUCCCAGUGCGCCAUUCCUCGGCCACGCAUCUAACCUGUCGGUCACCACCCUCAACACCGAUCAUGGAGGAUCAACCUAUGCCCCAUCCGUGUAUGCCCAGUCAACAAUUGCCGCCUCGACUAUUGUGCCACAAGCUUCCGCACAGUAUGUCAGCACUACCGAGGGAACUUGCUGGGUUGAAGGACACUAUUUCCAAACACAGCCAUGGGAUGACAAGUUGACGUGUGCCAUCUGUGAUGACCGGGCUGAAGAGGGCAUGUACAAGUGCUCAUCGUGCAAACUGACUGUUCACAACCGGUGUGCGUCCCAAGUUUGCCUGGUCUGCGAUGCAGCCUUCCACCCUGAUCAGAUCCGUGCUGCCUUUGUCAGAUGCUUCGCCAGUUUGCUCUACACAUACAAGAAGUUCCUUACCCCAGCCACCGGCGACAAGAAGAAAGCAGGUCUUUACUAUUCCUUUAACAUGGAGGCAUUCAUGAAGAGUUUGCCGCAUGAUCACGCCGAAUACGUUGCCCACCUAUCCCAGACGCAAGGAUUCAUGGAGUUCAUUAGUGAACGUGAACGAACGAGCCCCAAAGCCAAGGACUCCAAGAUGGCACUGUUUGACGAGAUCGUCCUCUCAAAGCGGAACCGUGGCAGAACAUCCAUUUUCUCCGGUCGAUCCACAACGGACUUUUUGUCAGAUACCUCGAACCACCUGUGGCGAACCGCCAGCGCAACGUUCUUCGCCCCAAGCAGUCGCAGCCAGAACAACCUCGCCAGUGACUACAGUCGGGUAGCCCAAAGAGCGCCGGCGAAAUUAGACACAAGCCUGAUGACAGAACCCCGCAUGAUUCACGGAGCGCCUCGGGUGUCCAAGACGGCAAAUACUGCCCGAAGGAAGCCGCUGCCCAAGCUCAUGAAUGGUCUGGCGAUCUCUCCGCCGAGUUAA